AUGGCUGAAAACCAGAUCGCUCAGGUGAUUGCCUUCAUCUGUGGAGUGAUAGUAGUCAUCCUGAUGAUCAUGGCUUUGGCUUCAACUGACUGGCUGAUGGCAAAAGAUUGGCGGCAGGGCCUGUUUAUGCAUUGCAUUACGCAGGAUGCAGAUGAUCCUCUCCCAUUCAACAUUAAUGACACUCCAGGGGACUGCUGGCAGGCUCGUGAUGUUGCUUACAUUAGAGCAGCAGCUGCCCUUUGUGUCAUUACAUUGGUAACAGACAUAGUAGCUACUACACUCACUGGCUUGGGGCUUCGCAGUAAGGAUCAUCGUACUAAGUACAAGUUUUACAAGGGAGCAGUUUAUGUUAUGGUGCUUUCA